ACAACAUUAUAGCUAAUGCUAUUUUUAUAAUUCUCGUGGAAAAUGUCUGCUUCAGUUCCAGUUUGAAAUUCCCAAUAUUUCCCCCUCCCUGUGUGUUGUCUGCGUUGCCUGGCUGAAGCUAGCCCGAUGUAAACUUGUGUUUGCAUUGCUGGGUGGAUUCAGACGUCAAUGGAGUUGGGUAAUGUUAUGUUGGACAUAGAGCAGGUCGUUCUGGGGGAAGAGGUGAUGACCAGUGCCACAGCGACCACCAUCAAACCACAGACUGUUCCUGCUCUCCAACCCUAUCAGCAUGACAGCCUACAGUGUUUUCAGUGCUUCAUUACAUUUUGUAAUGCCAAGGCCAAGGAGAGGCACAUGAGGAAGAGCCAUCGUGAAGAAUACAAGCAGUCGCUCCAACAGACCAAUACGCUGUUCACCUGUUAUGUGUGCGAUCGUACCUUCUCCUCCUCUGAGGAGCUGACACAGCACCAGACCUCACACAGCCUGGAAGACAAGCCCUUCCGCUGCCCCCACUGCCAGGGAAGCUUCCGGACCUUCUCUGAGUUGACAGUCCACCGGCGACAGCUGUGCAAAGAGCGGCAGUGUGUGUGCAAGGAAUGUGGCGUGGUAUUACGGGGCCCAAACCAGUUACGCACCCACCGCCUCACCCAGCACCCCCAGCCACUGGAAGAGGAGGAUGAUGACACCAAGACUCACCGUUGUGGCAAGUGCGGCCGCGGGUUUGAGGCGGAGGUGGAUCUUGUGCUGCACCAGGAGAACUUUGCAGGUGAUCAGCAUUGCGAUGCAAAGGUCCCGGCCAAAAAACGUGGCCGACCUCCCAAGAAAGUGUCUGAGGCUGAGCCGAAGUCUGCUGAGGAAGAGGCAGCAAACGGAGAGAAGAGCAGAGAAGUUGAGGAGGGGGGAGAGGAGUCUGUGGCAAAAAGAGGAAAAGGACCGGGGCGACCCCCUAAGGAGGAGCUCCAAAUUCCCUGUCCUGAAGCUGAGUGUGACCUCACGUUCUCCUCUGUUGCCCUUCUCCGGGCCCACAAGAAGGAGAAGCACGGGCAUCCGUCUCAACCUAGCAAGGCUCACCCCUGCUCUGAGUGUGAAGAGAGCUAUGCCCAGCCGGAGCAGCUCAAAGCCCACAUGUCCAGGGCUCACAGCUCUGGCCGACACAACUGCCCAACCUGCGGCAAGAGCUUUGGCAGGGAGAGCAACCUAAAGGCACACCAGAAGACACACACUGAGGGAGAAGAGGCAACAGACAAAGAAAAGAGAUAAUCUGGGGAAAAGGAAUAUCAUCAUGGAAAAUGUAUGUAAUGGUUUAGGGUUUUAAAAAUAUAAUUUUGGGUAAAACAGGCCUUGAUGUGGGUGGGUUUUUUAUGUUCAAGAUAGGGGUUUGGAGUAUGUGACAUACCAUUAUACAAAAGCACUCAGUUGGAUCAUUAGCUUGUUCCUGGUUGGUCCCACUGUGGUUAUUUUAAAGUGCUUUUAGAAAAACAACAAUGUACUGUGUAUAAAACCCUUUAUACUGAUGUGUGCAUAAUUGUGAAUUACAACUGCCCCCCAGAGUGGGAAUCUUAUUUGUUUCCAUAUUGCCCACACCUUAAAAAAUAAUAAUUUUGUAUUCAUAUUACGGAUGUAGAGCUAGUCUACCGAUUUGCCUCAAAUGUGAGAAGUUUUUGUAACUUAUAGUAUUGAUUUUAGUAAGAAAUCAAUGGGUUUCAUGGUUUACCAUUCCACUCAUGAUUUAGUUUACGUUCCUGUCAAGGUAUCUUCUGAUCAUGUAAAGUAUAUUAUAUUGGUCCGGAGAAUCCAUUGUUCUGUGAAGGAUGUCAUUGUUGUAUUCAAGUGAUCUUGUACUUUUUUCAUCCACAAUGAAAUAGUAAUGGCAUUAAACUGAGUGAUUUAAA